CUUGUACUGCGCAUGCAGCGAGCGCGCGAUCACAUCACAGGCACACAAGCUUCACGAGAGCCCCUGUGAGUGUGUGUGUGUGUGUGUGUGUGUGUGUUUGAAUUAAAGUACGGACUAACAACAUGGAGUCUGAUGAAGAGGCGCUGUUAUUCACGUGAAGUGAGCGCGAGCAGCCAGGACCGUUAGCCGGAGCCGCGCGCGCCAGCUGCGGGAUAUUACAGCACAACAAUGGCGGUAACUCCCCACCACUGAGGAACCCCGCGCCCCAUCCCUGACCUCUUCACACAACUUUGUUUUCUUUUUCCAACGUCUCCGUCAUCUUCCCGGAGACAAGCAUGGACUCCUCCGGAGACGUUACCUCGGUCCGGGAUGGACCUCUCGGCCUCGGUCGCUCAGAUCUCAGCGGACUGUACCACCUGGGUCGGACGUUGGGGAGGGGCCACUUCGCCGUGGUCAAACUGGCUCGUCACAUCAACACCGGGCAACUGGUUGCGGUGAAGAUGAUCGACAAGACGAAGCUCGACGUGAUGGCGACGAGCCACCUCUUACAGGAAGUGAGGUGCAUGAGGCUCGUGCAGCAUCCCAACGUCGUUCGCCUCUACGAGGUCAUCGACACGCCCAACACCCUCUUCCUGGUCAUGGAGCUAGCCGAGGGGGGCGACCUCUACGACUACAUCCUCCGCCACGAGGGAGGCGUCGCCGAGGAAACCGCCAAGCGCCACUUUGCCCAGAUCGUGCGCGCCGUGGCGUACUGCCAUCAGCUCCACGUGGUGCACCGGGACCUGAAACCCGAAAACGUGGUGUUCUUUCCCCAGCAGGGGGCGGUGAAGCUGACGGACUUUGGGUUCAGCAACUUAUUCCAACCCGGGACGAUGUUGGCCACGAGCUGCGGGUCGCUGGCGUACUCGGCUCCAGAGAUUCUGCUGGGAGAAGAGUACGACGCUCCGGCUGUGGAUAUCUGGUCUCUCGGGGUGAUCCUGUACAUGUUGGUGUGUGGAGUUCCUCCGUUCCAGGAAACCAACGACAGCGAGACUCUGGUGAUGAUUCUCGACUGUCGCUACUGCGUCCCCGAACACGUUUCAGACGACUGCAGGGAUCUGAUCUCCAGAAUGCUCCAGAAGGAUCCGUCCCGCCGGGCUUCGCUCGACGAGAUCGAGGCCCACGACUGGCUGCACGGGCUGGACAACGCCCUGCUCAGCCCGGAGGCGCCGCCUCACUGGCUCUCGGGGGCCCUCUCUCCGAGUUCUCCCCGCUCAGGAGUGCCCGAGUGCGGGGACCUCCUCGCCGCGAGGCCCCUUCCACAGCAGGGUUUCCCCGGGCCAUGGCAGCCCAACCUCAGCUUCACGCUCCGUCCGCCACCGGCUGAAGAGCCGCCGGCACCCAAGAACCUGCCGGCGCUACAGCAGAUCUGUGAGGAGGAGGAGGAGGAAGAAGAGGAGGAGGAGGAAGAAGAGGAGGUGCUUGAACAAAAAGAAGAGUUAGGAAGCUCGUUGGAGAUACUCGAGGAGGACGAAGACGACAGCGGCUGUGUGAUUUCAGACCAGCCGCUGAGUCACGGAGACAAGCCGGCCCGUCAGACACCCGAAGUCCCGCCAUCAUCUCUGCCUGGUUUGGCAGUACCGUGCUGUCGGAGUCAGCCGGACUCCACGAGUCCACAAGAGGACGGAAAGGACGGCGUGACCGAACCCAACAACAACACCAACAAACCUCCACAACCCUCCAUCCUCGCACCGUCCGCCAAACUCAUCCUGAACAAGAAGGAGGCGCAAAGAGACGACGAGAAGACGGACGAGGCCAGAAGAGACGACCUCUCGACGGACAGAUCUAACCCCCACAAUGCACCGGGCCCGCGGGACGACACGGCAGCGCCGAAGGCCGAGCAGGGCAAACGACACAGCAUCAAGCUGCGCGAAAGACUCUUUCAGUUCCCGCUGUGCGAGAAAGCUCUGGCCUUCAACAUACCGACGCACAACAAGCCCAAGAUCCUGCCGCUGGCUCAGUACAACUGCUGCCACGUGCUGUAGGCGCAACCGGGAUGGGCGUGUACAGCUUCAUACAUACAGACACUCAUCGUGUAACUAACAUGUGGUGUACAGCACAGUCGUAGAAACCUCACGCAUCUGCUGCUACAGGAGCGAGCGUAGAAUCACAACGAGUAGACUGUGUAGCUUCGAAACAAAACGGGACCUACAGGACGGAGACGGGACAACAGUUCUUACUGAAUAAGCUAUAGUCUGUUUGUUUGUUUAAAAGGUGCCUACGACGAUGAAAUGUUUCUUACUGAACGCGGUCCAGAACUCGGUAGAUCCAUGAUUUCAUAUUUUACUAUAUGUUAGAUUAAACCAGCUUCUGCUACAGAGUAGUGCUCGUGUUCCUCUUCCCUUUGCACAACCUGCUUCUCUCUUCGGUUUAAAAGCUCUUAUUUAAUAUAAGACAGACUGUUAUGAUGCGACGACACAACCCCGUUUUUUCCAAAAAAAAACCUAAAUGUUGGAAAAAACAUCGAAACGCCAGAUUUAAUCUGAAAACAGCACAAAGACGACUGUUCACAUUAUAUUAAGGCUUAAAGUUAUGCAGGAUUAAAGAGCGCGGACGCUUUGAUUGACAGGUGGGGUCCUUUACGUCUUUAUUCACGCCGAUAUUCAGAUUAGAGGCAGGACUACAAACAUGGCGGCUCUUCAGAAACCUGUGGGUAACGUCACGUUUACGCCCGUCCAUCCUCUACAUCAGGGGUGGUCUCACGUUCAGCAUCAUCAUGUUUAAGUUGCAUUAUGAUUUAACUCAAAUCAAACAAAGAAAGCUAUAAUUCAACGUCAUGGCAACAAGUUAUUGGUCGACUUGGCUGCAAUCUGUCAGAUUAAACGUCCGCCCUACCUGUGAACCAACUCAAACCCACGAAGGUAACGAGUACCGGCCAAUCAGAGACAGAAAAAAUCUGUAUAAAACUCAAUGAUGUGUCGGUUCCGGCUCUGGGUCCGGACCCGGACAGAGUGCGGGUCACUGUCAGUGAUGUCGUCUUUGUGCUGUUUUUAAUUUAAGGUGUGUAACUUUUAGGAAUUUAAUAUAACAAGCAGUGAUUAUAUAAUCACCUUAAAAACGAACUGUUAUUGUAUUAUUAGUCUUUAAUAUCUACACAUGGAGCGGGUCCUCUAACAUGGAGUCCGCCAUCAACAGAAUAUCUAACUAAAUACAACUUUUGACACUUGAAAGCCACCGUAGCUUCUCUACGACUGACUGCAAUCUGCAAUCUCACCACUAGAUGGCACUAACCUACCUUUUUUUUUUGGAAACGGGAGUUGUUGUUGUUUAAAAUAUAUGAUGCUGUGUAAUAUACGCUCUGAUUUCCUCUUUAAAAAUCUUAAAGUCUUACUGAUCCGACGACUCGUCCUAACACACUGUAUGAUACUGCUACAGGCUCGUUGAUCGGGAUGCAGGUCUUCCAUUCGUUCGCUCAACAGGUUUGAUAACAGGUUUUUAUUUUGGAUGUGCAGGUAUGAACUUUUCUUGUUUUUUUUUUAUAUUAUAACGUGACAAAGAUUUUAAUUCUCUGGAGAGAUGUGUGACUUUGUGCAUGUUGUUACUGUUAUUUAUCACGAUAUACCUCCACGUGUCUUGGAUCUGACAGGACGUUGUUCUCGUAUAACUGUAAAGUAACUCACUGAAAAGUAAACGGCAGAUAGAUUCGUUGACGGCGAUGUGUGUUUAUAUAUAUUUUCCCUCUUAAAGUUAAAGAAGGCUGUAAAAUAAGCUCCAUCCUCCUCUGAUAGUUCGGUGAACACAGCUCAUCCCCGUCAGUCACUGCAGCGUCACGGGUACAACAAAUUGGAUUUUUAACUUUAGCUCAUCUUUCAUCAGAAAUCUGCAGACGAGGGAUAAAAUCCCGUCAUUUGUUCCUGUGUGAUCGCAGCCUGUUUCUCCUCAGUGUGUCUACUGACCUGCAGUGUAACUAGGACCACGUCUCUACGGAGCCAUGAACUUAUUUUUCUCUAUUUAUUUAUUAAAAAUGGAUUAAAUCAGUGA